AUGGAGUCACAGGUGGUGACCAACCCAGAAGAGAUCGCUAGGCUCUACAGACAGCUCAGCCUCUUCCCCUCACUAAACAGAGCAGACGUGGGACCUGUUAUUACAUCUCAGUAUGGAGGCAAAUACAGCAACAUCUACACAGAAUGGAGCCAGCGUGAUCUGGAGAGGAAUGAAAAUGUCAAGUUUUGUAAGCAGUACAUUGUGUUCCACGAUGACAAGUCAGUGGUCUUUUCAGCACCAUCCGGGAACUGCACAGAGGUUCAAGGAGUGUUGCUAAGUAAAGACGCCCCUUCUGGAGAAAUGAAAGCUGUUGUAAGAAAAAGCACUGUAAAGGGGGAGGAGAAUCAGUUUUUGGAGAUCUGGAGUAAAAACAUAAAAAUAAAAUGCAUCAAUCUCACAGCUCUAAAGAAGCAUGGAAAUGUUUAUGAAGAUGAGCAUUUUGGUUGCUUGGUCUGGUCCCAUUCUGAGACUCACCUCCUCUACGUGGCUGAGAAAAAGCGGCCCAAGUCAGAGUCUUUCUUUCAGACGGAGUCUUCAACAUUACCUUCUACUGUGGAUGAAGAUGAGACUUUGAGAUCCGAGAAAAAAGAAGCUGUCAAAGGAGAGCAGUUUGUCUUCCAUGAAGACUGGGGAGAGACGCUGGUUCAUAAAAGCAGCCCGGUGCUCUGUGUUUUGGACAUUGAGGGUAACAAUGUUUCGGUUUUGGAAGGAGUGCCUGAGAACAUCUCGCCAGGACAGGCAUUUUGGGCUCCAGGUGACACAGGUGUGGUGUUUGUCGGAUGGUCUCAUGAGCCUUUCAGGCUCGGACUCAAAUACUCUCCCAACAGGAGGUCAUCUUUGUUUUAUGUGGAUCUCACUGGGGGGAAAUGUGAACAAUUGUCAUCUGGAACGAGUGCAGUGUCUUCUCCGAGGCUGAGCCCCGACCAAUGCCGGAUUGUCUACCAAGAAAAUAGUCUCUACGGACCACACAUGCAGUGUAGCCAACUUUGUAUGUAUGAUUGGUAUACGAAGAAGACCUCAGUCGUGGUAGAUGUGGUGAAGAGACCAGGAGAUGAUGGCUUCACUGGCAUAUAUUGCACUCAGCUGCCUCCUAAAUGCUGGUCAGCUGAUAGUCAGCGAAUUAUUGUUGCUUGUCCUCAGCGCAGCCGCAAGGAGCUGCUGAUGGUGGAUAUAAACACAGGGAGUGUUACCUCUCUUACAUCAAAAUCUGGCAUGGGGGCAUGGUGUCUACUGACUGUCGAAAGGGAUCUGAUAGUGGCAAGCUGCUCCUCUCCAAACUGCCCCCCAAGUCUGAGAGUGGGUUUCCUUCCAAGCAGGGAUUCUGAAGAAGAAGUUGUUUGGAUCACACUGGAGGAAUCUCAGACGUUGCCAGCAAUUGACUGGCAGAUCCUGUCAUUCACCCCUCCCACAGAACAAGACAACAGUCAAUACUCUGGCCUUGACUUUGAAGCAUUACUGAUUAAACCAAAGGAGUUAAAGGAUGGUGUGAAGCUGCCUCUUAUUGUGUUUCCUCACGGGGGUCCACAUUCUGUGAUUGUUGCUGACUGGCUUCUGUCUCCUGCUGUGCUGUGCAGGGUGGGUUUUGCUGUAUUAUUAGUGAACUACCGCGGAUCACUUGGCUUUGGCCAGGACAAUAUCCUCUCAUUGCCUGGCAAUGUUGGCACACAGGACGUCAAAGAUGUUCAAUUUGCUGUUGAAAGUGUUCUCAACGGUGAUGAGUUUGACAAGCAGAAGUUGGCAGUUUAUGGAGGUUCCCAUGGAGGUUUCCUGGCCUGUCAUCUAAUUGGCCAAUAUCCCGGUUACUACAAGGCUUGUGUGGCCCUCAACCCAGUUGUCAAUCUGGCCUCUAUGGUGUGCGGCACGGAUAUCCCUGACUGGUGCAUGUAUGAGGCUGGCUUUGAGUACCCUACAGAUAGUCUUUAUGAACCUGCUGUUUGGGAACAAAUGUUGAACAAGUCUCCAAUCAAACUUACGACACAUGUACAGACACCGGUCUUACUCAUACUCGGAGAAGAUGACAAGCGUGUGCCCCACAAGCAAGGAAUUGAAUAUUACAGGGCUUUGAAAGCAAAAGAAGUGCCUGUCCGUUUGCUGAUGUAUCCUGGGAACAACCACUCCUUGUCCAAUGUGGAUGCUGAGUCUGAUGGCUUCAUGAACACCGUUCUAUGGAUAAUAGAACACUUGUCUGAAUGA